UAAUGUUGUCAUAGUUUGUUAUCUAUUAGAGAACCCGGAAAGAGGCUGAAAUAUACAUGUGGUUUUUUUCUUGUCUGUGUGAAUUUUGUUUACCUGUGCUUCCUGUUUGCUUUGUGAGUUUAGCCAAUAGUGAUUUAUACCAAGCCGAUCUAAUAAUAAGGCUACGAUACUAAUCAGCCUUCCUAUUUUCCUAAGCAACCACCCCUGCUCCCCGUGAUUUCUAGCCCUUCCCAUACUAAUCUGAGUGUUAUCUGCUGCUGUUCUUAUUAACUAUUUUGUGAACUGGCCCUAUAGGAUCUUCUGAAGACAACCCUGGAUUUCCACACGCUGGGAAAGCUUGAGUUCAGUGGCAUCAGAGGGAGUGCCCUGAGUCGGCAGGUCCAGCAAAUGUACGACGAAUUUCAAGAGAUGUACAGGGUCUUUACAGAGGCCCCCUAUGACUGCUUGGACCCCCAGAGCACGGAAUUCGAAAAUGACGUGUCCGAAUUUCGCCAGAGAGUAGAAGAUCUUGACCGAGGGCUGGGGACCAUCUUCAUUCAAGCCUUCGAUGAUGCCCCCGGUUUGGAGCAUGCCUUUAAGCUGCUAGACAUAGCAGGGAACCUUCUGGAAAGGCCACUGAUAGCGCAGGAUGCAUCUGAGAAGUACCUGCUGUUUGUCCGAAUGUUCCACAAAGACCUGGAUACCGUGAGGGUGAUCUACAGUCAGCGCGUCCAGGAGGAGGCGGAACUUGGGUUCGCCGCCGUGCACAAGAACAUGCCCACUGUGGCCGGGGGUCUCCGCUGGGCACAGGAGCUGCGGCAGCGUAUCCAGGGCCCCUUCGCCAACUUCAGACGCAUCGCACAUCCUUGCCUGGAAUCUGCCGAAGGAAAGCGAAUGACACAAAAAUAUGAAGAUCUGCUCUCACUGCUCGACAAGUACGAGACGAGACUUUAUGAAGACUGGUGUCAGGCCGUGUCGGAGAAGUCACAGUACAAUCUUUCCCAGCCACUUCUGAAACGUGACCCAGAGACGAAGCAGAUCGCCGUCAACUUUAACCCACAGCUGACUUCGGUGCUGAAGGAAAUGAGUUAUCUUCAAUCGAGGCAGAUGCGACAUGUUCCUCAGACAGCAGCAGCCAUGUUCUCCUCCAGGGAAUUCUAUCGGCAGCUCGUGGCGAAGUUGGAACUGAUGGCGAAUUGGUACAACAAGAUUAUGAAAACUCUUGUAGAGGUGGAAUUGCCAUUCCUGGAGAAAGAGCUGGGGAAUAUCGAUCUCUGCCUGAAAGCUGCAGAAGAGACUCUGAACUGGAAAACGGAAGGCAUUUGGGAUUAUGUCAUUCAAAUCACCGACAGCGUUCAUGAUCUCGAACAAAGGAUUCAGAAAGCCCAAGACAACGUGGAAGAGAUUCAAAACAUCAUGAAAACAUGGGUGUCUCCGAUAUUUAAGAGAAAAGAUGGAAAAAAGGAAUGUCUCCUUUCCAUGGAUGACCAGCGCAACCGGAUGGAAAAAUACUACGAUCUCAUCAAAGAAUCUGGACUUAAGAUUCAUGCCCUCGUUCAGGAAAACCUAGGUCUGUUUGCCGCGGACCCAACCUCUAAUAUCUGGAAGGCUUAUGUUAAGUACAUAGAUGAUAUGUUGCUGGAUGGAUUUUUUCUUGCCAUUGAGUGCUCCCUCAAAUAUCUUCUGGAAAACACCGAAAGUAAAGCUGGACUCACCCCGAUAUUUGAGGCACAGCUGUGCUUAGUGAUACCAGAAUUAGUUUUCUCUCCAUCCCUGGAGUCUGGAGUGAAGGGUGGCUUCUACGACACCGUCGAGGGUCUGGUGGCCAACAUUUUCGGAAUAUCGUCUUUGGUGCCACGGCUUUCCCCACAGAACGGCUCUCUCCACUACCAGGUUGACAUGGAGGGCGUGGCCCACUUGGCCAGCUUGAGGAGCACGCUCCUGGACAGGGUUCAGAGCAUGAUGGCCCUCUGCAGUGGCUAUCGGAACACUUUCAGCCAAUACUCCUACCUCUACGUGGCGGACCGGAAGGAGGUUCUGAGUCAGUUUCUGUUGUAUGGACGUGUCCUCACACCCGAGGAAAUGGAAGCCCACAUAGACGAUGGCCUUCCAGAGAACCCCCCUCUCCUCCAUCAGUUCAAGGCACAGAUCGACUCCUAUGAAAAGCUCUACGAAGAAGUGUGCGGCCUGGAGCCCGUCAAGGUGUUUGACGGCUGGAUGAAAAUUGAUGUGCGACCCCUUAAAGCAUCUCUGCUGAACCUCAUUAAGAGGUGGAGCCUCACGUUCAAGCAGCAUCUCGUUGACCACGUCACUAACAGCUUGGCCGACCUUGAAGUGUUUAUAAGAAAUACCGAGAGCGGCAUGCUCAAGAAAGUUGAAAAAGGAGAUUUCAAAGGAUUGGUGGAGAUUAUGGGGCACCUUAUGGCUCUGAAAGAGUGGCAGAACCGCACUGAUGAGAUGUUCGAGCCCUUGAAGCACACUAUUGAGCUGCUAAAGACCUAUGAACAAGAAUUGCCAGAAACGGUGUUGAAGCAGCUGGAGGAGCUGCCUGAGCAGUGGGACAAUGUGAAGAAGAUGGCCAUCGCUGUGAGGCAGCAGGUGGCCCCGCUGCAGGCGAACGAGGUGGCCGCCCUCCGUCAGAGGUGCUCAGCCUUUGACGUUGAACAGCAGCAGUUCUGGGAGCGAUUCCGCAAGGAAGCUCCCUUCAGGUUCGACAGCGUCGCCCCUCACCGCGAGCUGGACGCCAGGCACUUGGAGAUCCGACAGAUGGAGCUGACCCUGGCCUCCAUCUCGGAGUCUGCUGCCUUGUUUGAGGUCAGCAUUCCCAACUACAAGCAGCUGAACCAGUGCAGGCAGGAAGUCUGCCUGCUGAAGGAGCUCUGGGACACGAUAGCGAUGGUCACCUCCAGCAUCCGUGCCUGGGAGACGGCCCCGUGGAGGGAGGUCAACGUGGAGGCCAUGGACCGGGAGUGUAAACAGUUCGCCAGGUGCAUCCGGAACCUGGACAAGGAGGUCAGGGCCUGGGACGCGUUCGCGGGCCUGGAGAGCACCGUGUCGGACGCUCUGAGCUCCCUGCGGGCGGUGGCCGAGCUGCAGAAUCCGGCCAUCCGGGAGCGGCACUGGAGGCAGCUGGUGCAGGCCACGGGCGUGAGCUUCACCGUGGGCGAGGGCACCACCCUGGCAGACCUCCUGCGGCUCCAGCUGCACCGUUUUGAGGACGAGGUGCGGGGCAUCGCGGACAAGGCCGUGAAAGAGAUGGGCACGGAGGAGACCUUGACGGAGCUGUGCGCCACCUGGGCCGGCCUGGAAUUCCGGUACGAGCCCCACCCGCGGACCGGCGUCCCCCAGCUGCGGUCGGACGAGGACCUCCUCGAGCUCCUGGAGGACAACCAAGUCCAGCUGCAGAACCUGAUGACGUCCAAGCACGUUGCCUUCUUCCUGGAGGAAGUGUCCGGCUGGCAGAAGAGGCUGUCCACGGCCGACGCCGUCAUCUCCUCCUGGUUCGACGUGCAGCGUACGUGGUCUCACCUGGAAAGUAUAUUCAUGGGAUCCGAAGACAUCCGGGCUCAGCUGCCCCAGGAUUCUGAAAGAUUUGAAGGCAUUGACGUGGACUUUAAAGAGCUGGCUUACGAUGCCCAGAAAACUCCAAAUGUCUUGGAGGCCACCAAUAAACCAGGUCUUUACGAAAAACUGGAAGGUCUUCAGAGCAGAUUGCACCUGUGUGAGAAGGCCCUGGCAGAGUACCUGGAGACGAAAAGGCUUGCCUUCCCUAGGUUUUACUUUCUGUCCUCUUCUGACCUGUUAGACAUCCUUUCCAACGGCACAGCUCCUCAAGAGGUUCAACGCCAUCUUUCCAAACUCUUUGACAACAUGGCCAAGAUGGAAUUCCAGCUGGACGCCAGUGAGAAAGCGACCAAGAUAAGUCUGGGCAUGUACAGCAAGGAAGGAGAGUACGUGGCCUUCAGCGAGCCCUGUGACUGCAGUGGCCAGGUGGAAAUAUGGUUGAACCAUGUGCUCGCGCAUAUGAAGGCCACAGUGAGGCAUGGGAUGACCGAAGGUGUAGCUGCUUAUGAAGAAAAGCCAAGGGAACAGUGGCUCUUUGACUAUCCAGCUCAGGUGGCCCUGACCUGCACUCAGAUCUGGUGGACCACGGAGGUGGGCAUUGCGUUUGCCAGGCUGGAGGAAGGCUACGAGAACGCCAUGAAGGACUAUUACAGGAAGCAAGUGGUGCAGCUCAAAACCCUCAUCACCAUGUUACUCGGCCAGCUCUCCGAAGGGGACCGGCAGAAGAUUAUGACCAUAUGCACCGUUGAUGUGCACGCCCGGGAUGUGGUGGCCAAGAUGAUCGCUCAGAAGGUGGACAAUGCUCAGGCCUUCCUCUGGCUGUCCCAGCUGCGGCACCGUUGGGACGACGAGGCCAAACACUGCUUUGCCAACAUCUGUGAUGCGCAGUUUCUAUAUUCCUACGAGUACCUGGGAAAUACGCCUCGCCUGGUGAUCACGCCUUUGACAGACCGAUGCUACAUCACCCUCACUCAGUCUCUGCACCUGACCAUGAGCGGAGCUCCGGCAGGACCCGCGGGCACAGGCAAGACGGAGACCACCAAGGACCUGGGCCGAGCACUGGGCAUCAUGGUGUACGUGUUCAACUGCUCAGAGCAGAUGGACUACAAGUCUUGUGGCAACAUCUACAAAGGCCUCGCUCAGACCGGUGCCUGGGGCUGUUUUGAUGAGUUUAAUCGAAUCUCUGUGGAGGUCUUAUCAGUGGUGGCGGUGCAGGUAAAAAGCAUCCAGGACGCGAUCCGAGACAAGAAGCAGCGGUUCAGCUUCCUCGGGGAGGAGAUCUGCCUGAAUCCCUCCGUGGGGAUCUUCAUCACCAUGAACCCGGGCUACGCCGGCCGCACGGAGCUGCCGGAGAAUCUCAAGGCUCUGUUCAGGCCUUGCGCGAUGGUGGUUCCAGACUUCGAGUUGAUCUGUGAGAUCAUGCUGGUGGCAGAAGGAUUCAUUGAAGCACGGGCGUUGGCCAGAAAGUUCAUCACCCUUUAUCGGUUGUGCAAAGAGCUGCUCUCUAAACAGGACCACUAUGACUGGGGCCUGCGGGCCAUCAAGUCGGUGCUGGUGGUGGCGGGAUCCCUGAAGCGAGGAGACCCUGACCGCCCCGAGGACCAGGUCCUGAUGCGCUCCCUCAGAGACUUCAACAUCCCCAAGAUCGUGACCGAUGAUGUGCCAGUGUUCAUGGGCCUGAUUGGGGACCUCUUUCCUGCCCUGGAUGUCCCUCGGAGGAGAGACCUCAACUUCGAAGCCUUGGUUCGGAAGGCCGUGGUGGAGCUGAAGCUCCAGGCCGAGGACAACUUUGUGCUCAAGGUGGCCCAGCUGGAGGAGCUCCUGGCAGUGCGGCACUCGGUGUUCGUGGUGGGCAACGCUGGGGCCGGCAAGUCUCAGGUGCUCAGAUCCUUGCACAAGACCCAUCAGAUCAUGAAGCGUCGCCCCGUCUGGGUGGACCUCAACCCCAAAGCAGUCACAAACGAUGAGCUCUUUGGUAUCAUCAAUCCAGCUACCAGAGAAUGGAAGGAUGGACUCUUCUCUUCCAUCAUGCGGGAGCUUGCCAACAUCACCCACGAUGGGCCCAAGUGGAUCUUACUGGAUGGCGACAUAGAUCCAAUGUGGAUUGAGUCUCUGAACACCGUCAUGGAUGAUAACAAGGUGCUGACCCUGGCAAGCAACGAGAGGAUCCCCCUGACUCCCACGAUGAGGCUGCUGUUUGAGAUCAGCCACCUGCGCACGGCCACCCCAGCAACGGUCUCCAGAGCAGGAAUCCUGUACAUCAAUCCCACGGACCUGGGCUGGAACCCUCCCGUGAGUAGCUGGAUUGACAAGAGGGAAGUCCAGACAGAGAGAGCCAACCUCACCAUCCUGUUUGACAAGUACCUCCCGACCUGCUUAGACACACUCAGAACCAGAUUCAAGAAGACGAUUCCAAUCCCAGAGCAGAGCAUGGUUCAGAUGCUGUGCUACCUUCUCGAGUGUCUCCUGACCACAGAGGACAUCCCUGCAGACUGCCCCAAGGAAACCUACGAGCUCUAUUUCGUGUUUGCCGCCAUCUGGGCUUUCGGCGGAGCAAUGGCCCAAGAUCAGCUUGCGGACCACCGGGAAGAGUUCAGCAAGUGGUGGCUCGCGCAUUUCAAGACAGUCAAGUUUCCCUCCCAGGGAACCGUCUUUGACUACUACAUAGACCCGGAGACCAAGAAAUUCGAGCCCUGGUCCAAGCUCAUCCCCCAGUUUGAAUUCGACCCCGAGAUGCCUCUGCAGGCUUGCCUGGUGCCCACGGGCGAGACCGUCCGAGUGUGCUACUUCCUGGAGCGGCUCCUGGAGCGGCAGCGGCCGGUCAUGCUGGUGGGGACCGCGGGGGUCGGCAAGUCGGUCCUGGUGGGAACCAAGCUGGCCAGCCUCGACACCGAGGAGUACCUGGUGCAAAACGUGCCGUUCAACUACUAUACCACGUCGGCGAUGCUGCAAGCUGUCCUGGAGAAGCCUCUAGAAAAGAAGGCCGGAAGAAACUAUGGCCCCCCAGGCAACAAGAAGCUGAUCUAUUUCAUUGAUGACAUGAACUUGCCUGAGGUGGAUGCCUACGGGACCGUGCAGCCUCACACCAUCAUCAGGCAGCAUCUGGACUAUGGCCACUGGUAUGACCGGAACAAGCUGUCCCUGAAGGAGAUCAGGAAUGUGCAAUAUGUCUCCUGUAUGAACCCCACCGCGGGCAGCUUCACCAUCAACCCACGGCUUCAGCGCCACUUUAGUGUGCUUGUCCUCUCCUUCCCUGGGGCAGACGCCCUGGCUUCCAUCUACGGCACCAUCCUGACUCAGCACCUUAAGCUUGGAAACUUCCCAGAGUCUCUGCAGAAAUCUAGCCCCCAGCUCAUCAGUCUGGCCCUCACCUUCCACCAGAAGAUCGCCACCACAUUCCUACCCACAGCGAUCAAAUUCCACUACGUUUUCAAUCUCCGAGACCUCGCCAACAUUUUCCAGGGCAUUCUCUUCUCCUCUGUGGAGUGUGUAAAAUCCACACAGGACCUCGUAAAGCUCUAUCUACAUGAAUCAAGUCGGGUUUAUCAGGACAAGAUGGUGGAAGAAAAGGACUUUGAUCUUUUUGACAAAAUCCAGACAGAAGUGGUCAAGAAAAUUUUUGAUGGUGUUGAUGAGAUGGUGGAGCAGACCCGAAGCCUAAACAUAUAUUGCCAUUUUGCAAAUGGUAUUGGUGAACCCAAGUACAUGCCUGUACAAUCGUGGGAACUUUUGACCCAGACUCUGGUGGAAGCCCUGGAGAACCACAACGAAGUCAACACAGUGAUGGACCUGGUUCUCUUUGAGGAUGCCAUGCGCCAUGUCUGCCACAUCAGCCGCAUCCUGGAGUCCCCGCGGGGAAACGCUCUGCUGGUUGGCGUGGGUGGGAGCGGCAAGCAGUGUCUGACCAGGCUUGCGGCUUUCAUCAGCUCCAUGGACGUGUUCCAGAUCACGCCGUGGAGAGGCUACCAGAUCGCGGACUUCAAGAUGGACCUGGCCAGUUUGUGCCUGAAAGCUGGGGUGAAGGGUCUCAGCACGGUGUUUCUCAUGACCGAUGCCCAAGUGGCUGAUGAGAAGUUCCUUGUGCUCAUCAAUGAUCUCUUGGCAUCUGGAGAGAUCCCAGACCUCUACUCCGAUGAUGAAGUUGAAAACAUCAUAAACAACGUGAGGAAUGAAGUCAAGAGUCAAGGUCUGGUAGACAACAGAGGGAACUGCUGGAAAUUCUUUAUAGAUCGGGUCCGACGACAACUGAAGGUGACUCUCUGUUUCUCCCCUGUGGGGAACAAGCUGAGGGUCCGCAGCAGGAAGUUUCCAGCCAUUGUGAACUGCACAGCCAUCGACUGGUUCCACGAGUGGCCUCGGCAGGCAUUGGAGUCUGUCAGCCUCCGCUUCCUGCAGAACACAGAAGGCAUUGAGCCCACAGUCAAGCAGUCGAUUAGCAAGUUCAUGGCCUUUGUCCACACAAGUGUCAACCAGAUGUCCCAGGCUUAUCUGAGCAACGAGCAACGCUACAACUACACAACCCCUAAGUCAUUCCUGGAGUUCAUCAGACUCUACCAGAGCUUGCUGCGCAGACAUGGAAAAGAGCUCAGGUCCAAAAUGGAGCGUCUCGAGAACGGACUGCUGAAGCUUCACAGCACCUCUGCCCAGGUAGAUGAUCUGAAAGCCAAGCUGGCCACCCAGGAAGUGGAGGUGAGACACAAGAAUGAGGACGCAGACAAGCUGAUCCGGGUGGUGGGCAUAGAGACGGACAAGGUGAGCAGAGAGAAAGCCAUCGCGGACGAGGAGGAGCGGAAGGUGGCCCUCAUCAUGCAGGAGGUAAAGCAGAAACAGAAGGACUGUGAGGACGACCUGGCCAAAGCGGAGCCGGCGCUCACAGCAGCCCAGGCAGCCCUCAACACCCUCAACAAGACCAACCUGACGGAGCUGAAGUCCUUUGGCACCCCGCCACUGGCAGUCAGCAACGUCACGGCCGCGGUGAUGACCCUCAUCGCCCCCGGGGGCAAGGUCCCCAAGGACCGGAGCUGGAAGGCCGCGAAGGUCAGCAUGGCCAAAGUGGACACUUUCCUGGACUCCCUCGUCAACUUCGACAAAGAGAACAUUCACGAGAACUGCCUCAAGGCCAUCAGGCCGUAUCUGCAGGACCCAGAGUUCAACCCCGAGUUCGUGGCCACCAAGUCUCACGCGGCUGCGGGCCUCUGCUCCUGGGUGAUCAACAUCGUGAAGUUCUACGAGGUGUUCUGCGACGUCGAGCCCAAGCGCCAGGCAUUGAGCAGAGUCACCUCGGACCUCACCGCCGCCCAGGAGAAGCUGGCAGCCAUAAAAGCCAAAGUCACCCACCUUAAUGAAAACCUGGCCAAACUCACAGCCAAGUUUGAGAGAGCCACGGCAGACAAGCUCAGAUGUCAGCAAGAAGCCGAAGCGACCGCAGGCGUCAUCUCCCUUGCAAAUCGCCUGGUGAGGGGACUGGCCUCAGAAAACGUGAGGUGGGCAGAGGCCGUGCAGAACUUCAGACAGCAGGAGAGCAAACUCUGCGGAGACGUGCUUCUGACCACGGCUUUCGUUUCGUACCUCGGCUUCUUCACGAAGGGAUAUCGGCAGAGCCUCAUGGAGGGCACCUGGCGACCCUACCUAAGCCAGCUAAAGGUGCCCAUCCCGGUCACCCCCGCCCUGGAUCCCCUGAGGAUGCUGACGGACGAGGCCGACGUGGCAGCCUGGCAGAACCAGGGCCUCCCCGCAGACCGCAUGUCCGUGGAGAACGCCACCAUCGUGGUCACCUGUGAGCGCUGGCCGCUCGUGGUUGACCCGCAGCUACAAGGCAUGAGAUGGAUCAAGAACAAGUAUGGCGAGAACCUCCGGGGCGCCCGGAUUGGUCAGAAGGGGUAUCUCCAAACCAUAGAGCGUGCCCUGGAAGCUGGAGAUGUGGUGCUAAUUGAAAACCUGGAAGAAUCCGUUGACCCUGUCCUGGGUCCCCUGCUCGGGAGAGAAGUCAUCAAGAAAGGACGAUUCAUCAAAAUCGGAGACAAAGAAUGUGAAUACAACCCCAGCUUCCGGCUCAUCCUUCACACCAAGCUGGCCAAUCCUCACUACCAGCCCGAGCUGCAGGCUCAGGCCACCCUGAUCAACUUUACGGUGACCAGGGAUGGCCUGGAGGACCAGCUGUUGGCCGCCGUGGUCAGCAUGGAGAGGCCGGACCUGGAGCAGCUGAAGUCAGAUCUCACCAAGCAGCAGAACGGGUUCAAAAUCACCCUGAAAACACUAGAAGACAACCUGCUUUCUCGCCUCUCUUCAGCAUCUGGGAACUUCCUGGGGGACACGGCCUUAGUGGAGAACCUGGAGACCACCAAGCAGACGGCCGCGGAAGUCGAGAAGAAGGUCCAGGAGGCCAGGGUGACGGAAGUGAAAAUCAACGAGGCCCGCGAACACUACCGGCCCGCAGCCACCCGGGCCUCCCUGCUCUACUUCAUCAUGAAUGACCUCAGCAAGAUCCACCCGAUGUACCAGUUUUCUCUCAAGGCCUUCAGCAUCGUCUUCCAGAAGGCUGUGGAGAAGGCCGCUCCGGACGAGAGCCUCAAGGCGCGUGUGACCAAUCUGAUAGACAGCAUCACCUUCUCCGUAUACCAGUACACCACACGUGGGCUCUUCGAGUGUGAUAAGCUGACCUACCUUGCCCAGCUUACCUUUCAGAUCCUCCUCACGAGCGGGGAAGUGAGUGUGACCACGCUGGAUUUCCUGCUUCGAUCUCCGGGGCAGACGGGCGUCACCAGUCCCGUGGGCUUCCUCUCCCAUCAGGCCUGGGGUGGCAUAAAGGCACUUUCAUCAAUGGAAGAAUUCUGUAAUCUGGAUCGAGACAUUGAGGGAUCCGCCAAGAGUUGGAAGAAGUUUGUGGAAUCGGAAUGUCCUGAGAAGGAGAAGUUUCCACAGGAGUGGAAGGACAAGACAGCCCUGCAGCGCCUCUGUAUGAUGAGAGUCAUGCGGCCUGACCGGAUGACCUACGCCAUACGAGAUUUUGUUGAAGAGAAGUUGGGAAGCAAGUACGUGGCGGGAAGAACGCCAGACUUUGCGGCCUCGUUUGAGGAAUCAGGACCAGCCACACCCAUGUUUUUUAUCCUGUCUCCAGGCGUGGACCCCCUGAAAGAUGUGGAAAAUCAAGGUAAAAAGCUCGGCUACACCUUCAACAACCGGAACUUUCACAACGUGUCUUUGGGGCAAGGACAGGAGGUAGUGGCUGAGGCUGCUCUGGACCUGGCUGCCAAGAAAGGUCACUGGGUUAUUUUGCAGAACAUCCACCUGGUGGCCAAGUGGCUGAGCACCCUGGAGAAGAAGCUGGAGGAACACAGUGAGAACAGCCACCCAGAGUUCAGGGUCUUCAUCAGUGCGGAGCCAGCACCCUCCCCUGAGGGCCACAUCAUCCCCCAGGGCAUCCUGGAAAACUCCAUCAAGAUCACCAACGAGCCUCCCACAGGCAUGCACACCAACCUACACAAGGCCCUGGACAAUUUCACUCAGGACACGCUGGAGAUGUGCUCCCGGGAGACGGAGUUUAAGAGCAUCCUCUUUGCUCUUUGUUACUUUCACGGGGUGGUGGCGGAGAGACGAAAGUUUGGGCCGCAGGGAUGGAACUGCCCUUACCCCUUCAACACUGGGGACCUCACCAUCUCUGUGAACGUGCUGUACAACUUCCUGGAGGCCAACGCAAAGGUCCCCUAUGAUGAUCUGCGCUACCUCUUUGGAGAGAUCAUGUAUGGAGGCCACAUCACAGACGACUGGGACCGGAGGCUCUGCAGGACCUAUCUGGAGGAAUUCAUCAGACCGGAAAUGCUAGAAGGAGAGCUGUGCCUGGCACCCGGGUUCCCACUCCCGGGCAACUUGGACUAUGCUGGUUACCAUCAGUACAUUGACGCCGAGCUGCCGGCAGAGUCGCCCCACCUCUACGGCCUGCACCCCAACGCCGAGAUCGGCUUCCUGACCCAGACCUCGGAGAAGCUCUUUCGCACGGUCCUGGAGCUGCAGCCGCGGGACGGCCACGCCGGAGAGGGAGCAGGGGCCACGCGGGAAGAAAAGGUCAAGGUCCUCCUGGAAGAAAUACUGGAGCGAGUGACAGAUGAGUUCAACAUGCCGGAGCUGAUGGCCAGAGUGGAGGAGCACAGCCCCUACAUCGUCGUUGCCUUCCAGGAGUGUGAGCGGAUGAACAUCCUCACCAGAGAGAUCCAGCGCUCGCUGAGGGAGCUGGACCUCGGCUUAAAGGGGGAGCUGACCAUGACCAGCGACAUGGAGAACUUACAGAACGCCCUGUACCUAGACACGGUGCCAGAGCCCUGGGCCAGGCGAGCCUACCCCUCCACGGUAGGCCUGGGAGCCUGGUUUGUGGACCUCCUCGACCGAAUCAAAGAGUUGGAGGCCUGGAUAGGAGACUUCGCCAUGCCUGCCACGGUGUGGCUGACGGGCUUCUUCAACCCCCAGUCCUUCCUGACCGCCAUCAUGCAGUCCACGGCCCGCAAGAACGAGUGGCCACUGGACCAGAUGGCCCUGCAGUGUGACGUGACAAAGAAGAACAGGGAGGACUUCAGGAGCGCCCCUCGGGAGGGGGCCUACAUCCAUGGCCUCUUUGUGGAAGGCGCUCGCUGGGACGUACAGGCAGGGGUCAUUACGGAGGCGAAGCUGAAGGACCUGACACCCCCCAUGCCCGUGAUGUUCAUCAAGGCCAUUCCUGCAGAUAAACAGGACAGCCGCAGCGUCUAUCCUUGUCCCGUGUACAAGACUUGCCAGCGGGGACCCACCUAUGUGUGGACUUUCAACCUGAAGACCAAGGAGAAGGCAUCUAAGUGGGUUCUUGCUGGAGUCGCUUUGCUUCUCCAGAUUUAGCCACUGAGAACACAAGGCUGGGCUGGAAGCUGCCCAGAGGGACAAGGCGGGGAGGGGUGACACAGACGCAUAGAUAAGAAAUCACAUGUACUUGGGGCACCUGGCUGGCUCAGUCGGUUAAGUAUCUGACUUCGGCUCAGGUCAUGAUCACGCGGUUUGUGAGUUCGAGCCCUGCUGACAGUUCAA